AUUAGGCCUCUUUGUAAUUCGAAGAGAGAUAAUGACUCGUAAAAAUUCAACUGUACGAAUUCAACGGUGGUAAUGAUUCAUUUUUACCCAGACAAAGACAAGAAUUCAUAAGAUUUUGACACGAGAUCAUCAUUAUUUGGGAUUCGAUUGGGAUAAUUUGUCUUAAUAAUUCUAAGGGAGAUGAGGCUAAACGGAAUUAAAAAUCUAGUUAUGCGUUGAAAUUAAAAUGGAUAUAGUGACACAUUAGAGUUCAAAGGAAGCUUAUGACUGUUUAGAAUUUAAAAGGAGACUAUGGCUUUUGAGAUUUCAAAGCGAUAUAAUUUACCGACAAUAUCUACUGUUGGUUAGCAAAUCUUUAAUACAUAUGACUUAUAACUGUGUCGCCUCAAUUUACACCGCGGUAAGAUUAGUUACUGAAUUGAAGACAACUUUUAAACAAGAUCAUGUCGAAUUAAAAAUUCACUUCAGUAUCAAAGCACUGCAACAGUACUGAGAUUAUGGGUUUCGGAAUAGAAACCUACUUUCAGGCACGGUUCGUCGGUCGAAAACAUGAACUUCGCGAUUUGAAAGAAGCAUGGAACAAAAUGCAAAGAUUGUUCGGAAUUUUUGGGAUUCGAUCUGUGGGAACAUCAAGGCUAGCGAAGGAGUUCCUGGCUAGUGUCUCGGAUCAAUAUGAUGAACUAGUCUACGUUAACUUGCAGGAGACCAGCGACCUAGCCGCGAUGUACAUAUAUAUACGCGCCCAGUUGGCUGUUUCUAUGGAAUCGAAUUCAAACGAUGUUAAAUCGUGGGAAAGAAUGCUUGUCUGUGCUAUAUCAACUAGAAAACUACAAUACGUAUUCUUUUUCGAUAACGGCGAAUACUUCCUUGACAAGGAAACCGAAACUUGCGACCAUCUACAAAAUCUCUUCAUUGCCCUUUUAAAAGUCGACAAUAUCAAAGUCGUUUUGACUUCAACAACAAAGUUCCAGCUGGCGAGUAUGUGGCGUAUCAACCAUGUAUGCGAGCUUCCACCACUAAAACCAACAGAGUCAUCGGAGUUACUGAGAGCCGAGGCGCCCGGGGUUGACUACGGCGAAUACCUGGACCCUAUUGUUGAACUAAGUGAAGGGUUGCCGCUUCUGAUUCUCAUGAUAACGUCCGAACUUCGUGGUGACGGAGGCAUAUUGACACCGAAAGACAUGGCGCAACUGCUAGCCGAAUACAGACUGAAGGUCCUUAGUCGAGAGUUUUUCCCCGUGGAAGACAGAGUUGCUGACGUUUACCGGCUGUUCAUCAAUCGCCUGAGCCCCGUGCUGCAGAGACGGUUCUCGGAAUUGGAUUAUAUCCCAGGCUUGUUUACGGCAGAAGAGGCCAGAUCGCUACUAGGUAAGUUUUACGCUAAACCAAAUGCACAGUUAAUUUCUUAUCCACGUGUUUUAGAAAAGGUUCGCGAAAUUUGACAAUAUUUGACAGGCUCAUUUAUGGAAAAAAACGAUCAUUUCUGCGUACUCUUAAAUCUAUACCUGACGCACAAUCGUGGUAGGCAUUUUUACUUUAGAGAGUUGAGAUGUAGUAUAUUCCAAGCAUGUUGAUUGCUGAAUAUUCAAAUCGCUACCAAGUUAUUUGUGAACUAAACCAAGUACAUAGUUGCUCUGUCAAACUACUAAACUAUUAUAU